UACACAGGCAGAAUUCUUCGCGGUGCAAGCGGACUGCUUUUGCGCAUGCGCGGAGAAGAUUUUCGUGCAGGGUCUUGUUGUCAGACUUCGUGAGAUGCCGGAACCGGAAGUGGCCUGAGUAGCCUCAGAACCUACAGAACCGGAGCUGCUACACGAUUCAGCUGUAAAUGCAUCACAAACAGACCACCCAGGAUGAGGAAAGCAAGCAGGAGUGUAGGCGCUGCCCCAAAAGUACCUGCUAAUAAUAAAUCACAAGCUACCGAGCGGUCAAAGUCAGAGAGCAGCGCACCCACUGCUUCCAAGGUUUCCCGACCUGGAUCUUCCUUAUCAAAAGCUAAAAGCAAUGAUGAUCUUUUAGCUGGCAUGGCUGGUGGCCUUCCUGCAAGCAAUAGUGUAAAGGUAAAGAAAAACAGCACUACAUCUUACCCCAAUUCUGGCACAGCAAUGAGUGGACAGGAGGGGAGAACAAGAAGCAGUGCAGGAAGUAGUUCAAACACCAAGCGCAGUGGUUCAUCGGGUGCUAAGGAAGUUGGAUCUUCACGUGAGAGGUUAAGAGAACGGUCUCGUUUGACAGCCAACAAAAAGCCACAAGGUUUAGGAGUUGGCACGGGAGAAGUGUCAGCCCCUAGCAAGCGAUCACGUGGACGAACAGAUUCUGAUAUGAUUCGCAUGAGCAAGUCCAAAUCUGACAAUCAAAUCAGUGACCGUGCAGCUCUGGAGGCCAAAGUCAAAGAAUUGAUGAACUUAGCUAAGAAUAAAGAUGCUGAGAUUCUUCUACUUCGUACAGAGCUAAGGGACACCCGUUCACAACUGGGACAGGAUGUUUCUGACAAGAGUCCUGAUGACCUUCCUUUAAUACAUUUACAGGAGCAGAAUACAACAGUAUGUGAGGAGCUGCAGCAACUGAAAAGUGAAAAUCGAAUGUUGAAGGAUCGAUUAAAUGCCCUGGGCUUUUCACUGGGGCAACAACCAGAUGAUCCAGAUAAGCUGUAUGGCUUUCAGUCCUUGGGCAUUAAUCCAGGGAGCCACAGUGACUGUGGAGGAGGGACUCUAACCUCCUCUGUAGAGGGUUCAGCGCCUGGGUCAAUGGAGGAUCUCCUUAGCCAAGAUGAAAGUACCCUUACUGGUGAAAGGAGGAGCAGCUCUAUGGAUAACCUAGAUAGUGAGUGCAGUGAGGUAUACCAGCCACUAACCUCUAGUGAUGAUGCCUUAGAUGCCCCCUCAUCAUCCUCAGAAUCAGAAGGCCUUCCUAGUACUGAGCGAUCUCGUAAAGGAAGCAGUGGGAAUGCCAGUGAAGUUUCUGUUGCGUGCCUUACUGAGCGCAUUCACCAAAUGGAAGAAAACCAACAUAGCACAGCAGAAGAACUACAGGCCACCUUGCAGGAACUAGCUGACCUUCAGCAAAUCACACAGGAGCUAAACAGUGAAAAUGAAAGACUAGGGGAGGAAAAGGUUAUAUUAAUGGACUCUCUCUGCCAGCAGAGUGACAAACUAGAGUUAUUUAGCCGUCAGUUGGAGUACGCUCAGGCUUUGUUAGACGAACACCAUAUAGCCUACUCUCUUGAUGAAGAUCUAAAAAGUAGCCGCUACCUGGAUCUUGAACAACGCUACAUGGAUCUGGCUGAAAAUGGCCGUUUUGAGAGGGAGCAGCUUUUGGGGGUACAGCAGCAUCUGAGUAAUUCCCUAAAGAUGGCAGAACAGGAUAACAAGGAUGCACAAGAUGUCAUCCGUGCUCUUAAAGAGCGAAAUCACCACAUGGAACGCAUUGCUGAGGCUGAGCAGCUGAGUAAGCAAGCUUUAGCUGCGACAUUAGAGGAGUAUAAGGCUACCUUAAAUUCAGAGCAAGGUGAAUGUGCUCGACUGAAAGCACUCCUGGAGCAGGAAAAACAAAGGGUAGCAGAGCUAUAUUCCAUACAUAGCUCUGGGGAUGCAUCUCACAUACAGAACCUUCUUGAAAGUGUGCGUAGUGACAAGGAGAAGGCAGAGAGCCUAGCCAGCAGUCUACAGGAAGAGUUGUUGCAUGCACGCACUGAUGUCAACCGUAUGCAGGAUGCUUUUGGCAAGCUGGAGGAUGAAUAUAGAGCCUUCAGGGAGGAGGCCCAAAAGCAGGUGUCAGAAUUAACUUUGGCACUAGAGAAGGUGCGGCAUGAACUGGAAGAGAAAGAAACAGAACUCAGCGACAUGAAGGAGACAAUAUUUGAGCUGGAGGAUGAAGUUGAGCAGCAUCGAGCUGUAAAGCUUCACGAUAACUUGAUAAUUUCAGAUGUUGAAAAUGCAGUAAAGAAACUUCAGGAUCAAAAACAUGACAUGGAGCGUGAGAUCAAAAUACUAAACCGGAAACUGAGGGAGGAAUCUGCAGAAUGGCGCCAGUUUCAGGCUGACUUGCAGACGGCUGUUGUGAUUGCCAAUGAUAUCAAAUCUGAAGCACAGGAGGAGAUUGGGGAACUGAAGAGGCAACUCCAGGAGGCACUUGAGAAGAAUGAGAAGCUUGCAAAAGAGAUGGAAAAUGCAACAUCACGCAAACAGGAAGAGGAACGCGGUCGUGUCUAUAACUACAUGAAUGCUGUGGAAAGGGACUUGGCAGCACUAAGACAGGGAAUGGGUUUAAACCGUAGAUCGUCUACAUCAUCAGAUCCUGCACCUACUGUCAAAACCCUGAUUAAAUCCUUUGACAAUGCAUCCUCCCAAGCUCCAAGUCCAGCUGCUGCGGUGGCGGCAGCUGCAGCUACACCAAUUUCCAGGACACCUCUUAGCCCAAGUCCCAUGAAGACUCCUCCUGCUGCUGCUGUUUCACCGAUGCAGAGACAUUCUAUAAGUGGACCUAUAUCUGUUGCGAAAUCCUUACCAGGCUUAUCAGAAAAGAGGCCAAGCUAUGCGGAGAUUCCAGUUCAGGAGCAUAUGCUGAGAAGUUCAUCCAGCAGCAGAAGUGCAGCCUCGUUGCCCCGUGUUCCAGCAAUAGACAACGCUAAAUCUAUUUCAGUAUCACGGCGCAGUAGUGAGGAGCUGAAACGUGACAUCUCAGUGCCAGAUGGAAGCUCUGCCCCCUCAUUGAUGGUGAUGACUUCACCCUCUCCCCAGCUUUCCCUGUCUUCAUCCUCCCCCACUGCCUCUGUAACACCCACUGCCCGUAGCCGCAUCAGGGAGGAAAGAAAGGACCCUUUGGCUGCCUUGGCCCGUGAAUAUGGGGGCUCAAAACGAAAUGCUUUGCUGAAGUGGUGUCAGAAGAAGACUGAAGGAUAUCCGAAUAUUGACAUUACAAAUUUCAGCAGCAGUUGGAAUGACGGCCUGGCAUUUUGUGCUUUGCUGCACACCUAUCUUCCAGCACACAUUCCAUACCAAGAGCUGACCAACCAGGACAAGAGAAGAAAUUUUACCUUGGCUUUCCAAGCAGCCGAGAGUGUUGGAAUCAAAUCUACUCUGGACAUUAAUGAAAUGGUUCGUACUGAACGUCCAGAUUGGCAGUGUCUUAUGACGUAUGUAACAUCCAUCUACAAAUACUUUGAAACCUGAGGAUUUUUUGGGAUUGUUAUCUCUUUCCCUGCAUGACAUUUCCUGCCCAAGUGCAGACUUAAUAGAAGACACUAAUGCUUCUUCAUGCCUGUUUCAGGGCUACAGGGUGAGGGGAUAACACCCACUUCCAGCAUUAUUUAUAGAUGUAUGUAUACUCCUGAGAUAUACUGGUCUCGCCCUGUUGUGCCUGCCUGUCUCCAGCGAGUCGGUUCCCUCUGCAUGACAGGUUCAGGUUUGCCAGCUUGCCUAUCACAGGAUUCAGCUAUAUGCUAAGCCAUAUAGAAGGUCAACAUAAAGACAGUACCCAGAGCAGUAGGACUGUGGCUGUGUCUGAAAUAUUGAUGUGAUGCCAGUGCCUUAGCAGAAUCAUCGCCUUUUACAGCUGCUUCUCCACCCGUUUUCCCAAGCAGGAAUGUACAAGUGCUCCUUGGAUACAUAAUGACAAGAAAUCGCUUGCCAACAAAAUGAGGACCCUGUAGUCUUGCACAACUUGUGCCAAUUUGCUCCACUGCUGCCUUGUGACUCUUGAUUGUCUCCUGCUCUUUGUGCCUAGAACACUAAACUACAUUUUUUUUUCUCUUAUUGUUAAACAUUAUUGGCUUUUGGCACACAUGAACGAAAUGAAAAUGAUGGCUUUUAAAAAUGCCAAGGACGGAAAAGUUCUCAGUGAAAGACUAUUCUCAAUUGACCAGAUGUAUUCUUUUAAUGCUAACAAUGUUACUGUGCAAGUUUUGUCCAAGAGAACCAAUCCAUCCACAAAUAUAUCCUUACCCCAGUACAAGAUACAAGCCAAGCUAUUGGCACAGUAGAUAGAGGACUAUAGGUUUGGGAUCUAUUAUCCAGAAUGCUUGAGACAUGGAGUUUUCUGGAUAAGUGAUCAUUUGUAAUGUGGAGCACACCAUGCCUUAAGGCUACUAAGAAACAUUUAAAAAUAAAAAACAAGUGAAUAGGACUGUUGCCAUUAACAUGGAUUUACAGUAGCUUAUAUUUCAGGUACAAGGUACUGUCUUAUUACUACAGAGAAAAAGCAAAGCAGUCAAAAAGAAAGAACUGUUUUAAAUAAGACACUCUAAGAAACAGCAUUCCUGUAUUUUGCUGAGUAAAGGGUUUCUGGAUAAUGGAUCCCGUACUGGUAGUACUUUCAGCUGUUGUUUUGGUGUGUAAGGUGGCCAAGUUUAGGCUGCCAUAUUCCUAAAGGCAGGAGCUGCUGUAAAUGACAUUAGAAUGAUCAGCACAAACCCCCAUUCUGUUAUCUAAAGGGUGAAUGAGGGGAAGUGUCGGUACCUGCAGUAAGCUUUGUUCAACUUUGCUCAACCUUUAGCUGCUCCUCAUAAUAGUUAGUCCUCCUAUUCUCUGGAAGUAUCUGUAUUGGAUUGCUUAAUCACACUGACCAAGGACAGCACAAAUCCUUAAGGAUGAAUGAACAUUAUUUGGACACUUUGUGCCAUGGUAUAUGUGAUUUCUAAGCUAUGUAUACCUACAGUGCAUUCAUUAUCUUACACUGUUAAAGGAGCCUAUUGUAUUGGCCACACAAACACUAAAACCUAAUGUGGCCUAAUGAUACUAGUGGGACCACAGCCCAUGCUGUGCUUUCUCAUAAUGGAAUGUUAAAUUCUUCCUUCGUAUUCCAAAAAAAUCACCCCCUCAGCAACGAGUGUCUGUCUUUAAGUAGGCAUUAUGGUUACUGCUGCCUGUUACAAACGUUAAAUUCUCACUAGACCUUUUAUUUUACUUUUUCUUUUGUUUUUAUCAAUUAAAAAUGGUGAGAACUUACUGUAUAAUAAUUUUAUUGAAGGGCUAGUAACACCAGCAAAUGAAAGGUCUUUGUAUUUUUUAAAUACUAUAUGCUUACCCUCCUCUUGCGUACACUGUGUAUAGUGUCAGCACUAAUAUAGUUCAAAGUAACUUGUAUUGCUAUACAGCAUGCUGUGCUGGCGCUUGUAGGGCCCGUUCUGUGUAAGAGAACUAUUUCUAAAACUUGAGGAUUCUAUUUGGGAAUUGUGGUUCAACAAUAUCUGGGACCCAUGGUUAAGAAACACUGAGACAAAUGGUUAUUUAGAAUACUGUGGAUUUAUUAUGCCAAUGGUGAAAGGUAGGGGACUCAUUUGCUCAGUACAAACCUAGGGAUCGGAAACAUUUCUUAUUUGCCGGCAAUAAAUAUUUUAUUUGCAGUUGUUGAAAAAUUAAAUAUAAAAAUAUGAUUAGAUUUUGGUGUUACUGGCCCUUUAAAGAUAUUUUUGGUUUAGCUUCCAGAUUAUCUCUUGUAUUUUAUAAUGUUUUACUCCUCCCAUCGUCCUCUAGUGAAUCCGAUAAAAAAGGGCCAUUGUCUAGCAGCUCAGAAGGUCUGAUGUCGCUUUGCGGUGUCAUACAACAUUCCCAUAACUAAGCACAAUUCAGCAGUACAAUUUUAGGGCGUGGUAUCCCUUUGAAUUAAUUGUGACCCUUUCCCAGAUUAAUAGGCUGCAGGGAGGCAACAAAAGCACAGGGAAAGAUCUGUAAAGUGCACUAACAGAUUUCUCUCUUUUUAAAGGUGACGUCCAGUCCAAAAAACAUUUUGAAAGGAUUAGUAAUUCUAGGAACUUUCCAAUAUUUAUUAAACAUUUUCAGUGACUUUAAAGUUAGGUGAAAAUUGAAAGCAGUGUUUGUGAGUCCCUGUGCAUUGCUGGUCCUGACAUGCAUGUACCUUUAAGACAAUAUUCCAGUGGUGCACUCUCCUCCAGCCUAGACCCUUGUUGCCACAGUGAGUGAUGUACAUGUUUUGUGAUUAAUGUACUUGUAAAGAAGGCCAAUGAAAGCAUAUGCAAUGAACCAACCAGCAGUUCAUGAAAGGAACUUGCAGAAAAUACUUUCAAUAGCAAUUACAUUUACAGAAACCUUUAAAACUGGACAUUUUUAAUGAAUGUAUAUUGGAAGGCUGCUUAGCAUUAUAUUUUCUUUCAUUAUGGGAAAUGUAAUUGUUUGAGAUUUUAGCUGGAGUUUCCUUGUAAGUCUUUGUUUCUCUGUUAUGUUGUAUGUAACAUGUAUGUUCUCUCAUUCCAAAUGCCACGAAGAUUCCACAUGAGACACUUAUGGGAGUUUUUUCACUUUUAGGGCAUGGUCCCUGGAAUAAUUAGUAUUGUCAUGUAACACCCCUUGUAAUCACCUUGUAACUAUGUACUAUGUAACAUAAAGACAAAUCCCUAACACAACCCAUUGUGCUUUUCCUCCAUGUGGCAGUGAAGUGACAUCAAAUUGGUUAUUUCUUCAAUAAGUGGAUGUAUUUUGUAUAGAAUGUUUAAUUUGGCAAAUGUGAAGGCAAUCAUUGCCCCAACAAACCCUGCUGAUAUGUAGCUCUACCCAUGGUGUCAUAAACACCAAGUACCCACUGACCAUCCCUUUAAUACAUUCUCCCUUAAAUUUCUUAUUUGGUGGCUUACAUUUUAAACGUUUUUUUAAUUGUUCCUAGUUGUCUGUUUUAUAUUCUUUGAGAGGAAAAGUUGCAUAGUCUGUGUCUGAUCUCAAUUAUGGACGGCAGAGGGUACAACAUAACAUUUGAAGUAUAUGUUAAACAUUUCAAAUGAUUCUAUGUGACAGUCAUACAUAUGCUGAAUGCUUUCUAAGCAAAUGUUUCCCAUUGAUAUUUAUAAAGCUUUAACCAUGUUAUUUUCAGAAGGAUCCGAAAGCAGUGCAGUAAAUAAAUCUGUAUAGUGAGCCCUCUGAUAACAAAUGGUUAACAGCUGCCUUUUAUUAUUUUAUUACUAUAUAAAUAUAUAUGAAUAAAUAUAUAUGUACACAUGCAUUUGCUUUGCAAUGCAAAAGGGCAUUUUUUAAAAUAAAAUAAGCUUCCGUCUUGUGCGGCGUGCAUUAA